GGAUGAAAAAAGCGCGUGGACGCCCGCAUUUCAGAAGAAGCGUACUGAUUUGAGUCAUUUCCUCCUCAAACGACUCGGCAAUCCCACCUAUACAGAUAGCACCUCAGAAUAGAUCCCUAACCUUCACAAUUGCAAGAAAAUAAAAAAUAUCAGAAAUCUCAAGCGCAGCUUUGUUCAAAACUCUCUCAAGGUUUACAUGGCAUUGCAAGAACAAUUAGAUAAAUUCAAGAAGCAGCAAGAGAAAUGCCAGUCAACCCUCACAAGCAUUGCUGCAUCUAAUAAGGCCACAAACAAAAAAUCCACGUUUGUACCUGCAGCACCGUCAGCUAAUGCAAGAACCCCUGCUCCUGCUGUCAAAUUUUCUAAUGACACAGAGAGACUUCAACAUAUCAACAGCAUUCGGAAAGCCCCUGUAGGAGCUCAGAUUAAGCGUGUUAUAGAUCUACUGCUAGAGACUAGGCAAGCCUUCACACCUGAGCAAAUAAAUGAAACCUGCUAUGUUGACACGAAUGCCAACAAAGCUGUCUUUGACAGUUUGAGGAAUAACCCGAAAGUGAACUAUGAUGGGAAGCGUUUCUCUUACAAGUCCAAGCACGAUCUGAAGGACAAGACUCAACUUCUUCACUUAAUAAGGAAAUUUCUGGAGGGCAUAGCAGUCAUUGAUCUUAAAGAUGCAUAUCCAACGGUGAUGGAAGACUUGCAGGCUUUGAAAGCUGCGGGUCAGAUUUGGCUGCUAUCAAACUUCGAUUCACAGGAAGACAUUGCUUACCCAAAUGAUCCCAGGGUGCCCCUUAGGGUGGAUGAUGACCUCAAACAGCUGUUUCGAGGAAUUGAACUGCCUCGUGAUAUGAUAGAUAUCGAGAGGGAUCUACAGAAGAACGGGAUGAAACCUGCCACCAACACUGCUCAAAGGAGGGCCCGGUCAGAGGUUCAUGGCAUUUCCUCAAAGCAGAAGCCAAAGAAGAAGAAGCACGAGAUCACUAAGAGGACAAAGCUGACCAAUGCCCAUCUACCAGAGCUUUUCCGGAACCUAGAGAAUAGUAAUUCCUGAAGUUCGGAUGAGCGGUUGGCGAACCUUGAAAAGAAGAUCAACAGCGGGCUGCGAUAUAGCAAAUGCUCCUAUGUCAACUCGCAUGGGUUAUGUUUGUAGAUAUCAAGUGUUCUAGUACUGAUAAAUCCAAAUUGAUUCUCUUUCCAGAUCUGCAUACAACUGUCCACUGCUGUUGUACUCGA